CUCGCUCUCCUCUUAGAAGAAUUAAGACACCAUUCUUAUCCUUAAAUCUGCGCAGGCAUUACCACCUCGGCGCACGUUAGUCCCAACGGCUCCGCUGUUCCGGGUCACCGGAGUUUAUGACAGUUUUAGGCGUGGAUCUUUGAUUGGUCUGUCAGUAAUCGUUUGCCGGAAUGUCUGCUGCACAAGAUGGGAUCCUAGGUCGACCCAAGGCAGAGUGGACACCGUCUCGCGAUGCAUAUUUGGUUGAGCUUUUCAUUGAGCAACAUAAUUGUGGAAGAACUGCCUACAAUGAAUUUAAGAAUGAAGUGAUCAAAUCUGUUACGCGUGACUUCAACAAGAAGUUUACCAUGAAUUUAGAAGAGAAUCAGAUAAAGAACCGGUACAAUGUGAUGAAGAAGGAUUAUGGUGUUGUUAAAACUCUACUUGGUCAUACUGGAUUUGGUUGGGAUGAAACUCGGCAAAUGGUUGUUGCUGAUGAUAAAAUUUGGGAUAGCUAUAUUACGGUGCGAAGUGAAGCAAGACCUUUCAGACGUAAAAGUUUUCCCCUGUAUAAGCAAAUGUCCAUCAUAUUUGAAGAUGCUUACAUUGCAGGAGAAAGAGCUACUGGUAAAUAUGUUCCUAGUGGAGUACCUUUGGUGACUGAAGAGGGACAUAGUAACACAGAGACGGUAAGAUCAUCAGAACCUACUAAUGUACCUACACAAAUGGUUGAUGGCACAGUUGAUUCUGAUUCAAUAAUCCGGAUAAAUGACACACUAUCAAAGAAGCGGAAAUCUGUAGGUCCAGCAGCAUCCGGUCGCAAGAAAAAAGCAUACUAUAACGUAAGUGAGACGAUAGAGAAUGCCUUGUAUGAGAUGUUCUCAGCAGCCACAUUUAAAGCUGCACAGAGGAACUCAUUGAAUGAGAAAACAUUGUAUCAGAAGUGUCUGGAGGAUUUGCAGAAAUUGGAAGAGUUGGAUGACACUGAGUUUGCAAAAGCUGUGAAUAUUCUUAAAGACGAUAAGAAUGCAAUCGCAUUCGUGACCAUUAAAGGACCUCGACGGCUAAUUUGGUUGAGGUCUCUCUGGCAAGCACAGUAAUCAAAUAUACAUAAUUGAUCACACCCUCUUCAGCCCUCUUUACAUAUUUUUGGAACUGGGAAUUCAUUUUUAUACAGGAGUGUUGUAUUAUUGUAGUUAAUUCCAGUUUGUUCUUUCAUGUAUACCUUUGAAAGUUUAAUUUGUUCAUCGUGAGUAAGAUUGUGUAUCCCAUUUUUUAAGUCAAAUUAGCCACUGUUCCCUCUGUUGAAACUCUUGA